AUGGACAGCGUAAAGCUGUUUUCUCUUUUGAAAUCCUGCAUUAAUUCAAAAUUAUUAACAAAUGGCAAAGUCAUACACCAAAAAUUAAUCACUUUAGGCUUACAAAACGAUAUUGGGCUGUCCAAAAACCUCAUCAAUCUCUAUAUCUCGUGCCAUGAAUUUCAAUCUGCUGAGUUAGUUUUCCAAACCAUAGAAAACCCUUUAGACAUCACCUUAUGGAAUGGCCUUAUGGCUGCUUACUCCAAGAACUUCAUGUACAAUGAAGCUCUUGAACUUUUUGAAAAGCUUUUGAAGUUCCCUCAUAUUAGGCCAGAUAGUUACACUUACCCAAGUGUAAUCAAGGCUUGUAGCGGGUUAAAAAGGGCAGAAAAUGGUAGAAUGAUUCAUGCCCAGUUGAUAAAGAUUGGGAUUUUGUCAGAUGUUGUGGUUGCUAGCUCUAUGAUUGGUGUGUAUGCGAAGUGUGAUAUGUUUGAUUAUGCUGUACAGCUGUUUGAUGAAAUGCCUGAAAGAGAUGUUGCGAGUUGGAACACAGUGAUAUCUUGUUAUUAUCAGAGUAGGCAAUAUGAGAAAGCGCUUGAAUUGUUUGAAAAUAUGAAGAGAAUGGGGUUCAAGCCUAAUUCAGUUACGUUUACCUCUGCUAUUUCUUCAUGUGCAAGAGUUAUGGAUUUGGAAAGAGGGACGAGGAUUCACCAGGAUUUGGUAAGAAGCGAAUUUGUUUUGGAUGAUUUUAUUAUUACUGCUCUUGUGGAUAUGUACGGGAAAUGUGGAUGUUUAGAGAAGGCCAAAGAAGUUUUUGAGCAAAUAAAGAAGAAGAGUUUAGUAGCUUGGAAUGUAAUGAUUUCAGGGUAUGGAUUGAGAGGAGAUAGUAAAUCAUGUAUUGAACUUUUGCUGAGGAUGAAUGAGGAAAAAAUUAGGCCUAGUUCGACAACUGUUAGCAGCUUACUGAUGGCUUGUUCUAAAUCAGCUCAACUGCAUCAUGGGAAAUUUGUUCAUGGCUACAUUAUCAGGAAUGACAUAGAAACGGAUAUCAUUGUUAGUAGCUCACUUGUUGAUUUAUAUUUCAAAUGUGGAAGUAUUGUACCAGCUGAAAGAAUCUUCUUGAAGAUGCCGAAGAAUAAUGUAAUUUCUUGGAAUGUGAUGAUCUCUGGAUAUGUAUCAGUUGGCAGUUACUUUGAGGCUCUUGGCAUCUUCAAUGAGAUGAGAGAAGUUGGCAUAAAACCUGAUGCAGUUACUUUUACCAGUGCAUUGGCAUCUUGUACUCAAUUGGCUGCUUUAGAACAGGGCAAGGAAAUUCACAAGCUGGUCAUGGAGAGUAAAGUGGAGCCAAAUGAGAUAGUCAUGGGAGCCCUCCUUGACAUGUAUGCCAAAUGCGGAGCUGUAGAUGAAGCUCUUUGUGUUUUUAAUCAGCUUCGCAAGAGAGAUCUUGUGUCAUGGACAUCAAUGAUCGUGGCUUUUGGGUCUCAUGGCCAGGCUCAUGAAGCUCUAAAACUUUUUUCUGACAUGCUGCUCUCAAAUGUGUCACCAGACAGAGUGGCCUUCAUUGCAAUAAUUUCUGCAUGUAGCCAUGCAGGAUUAGUUGAUGAUGGCUAUCAUUAUUUCAAUGUAAUGGUCAAUGACUACAAAAUCCAACCAAAUUAUGAAGACUACUCAUGUCUUAUUGAUCUUCUUGGUCGUGCUGGUAGAUUAGAUGAAGCUUAUGCGAUUCUACAGAGAACUCCCUGUAUCCAAGGGGAUGUUGGUUUGUUAAGCACUCUAUUCUGUGCUUGCCAUAAGCAUGGGGAACAAAAAAUAGGGGAGGAAAUUGCUAGAUUGCUCAUGCAAAAGGACCUGGAUGAUCCAUCCACCUACACUAUUUUGGCAAACAUGUAUUCUUCGAACAGAAGAUGGGAUAUUGCACGCAAGUUUAGGAUGAAGAUGAAAGAGCUUGGAGUAAGAAAAAACCCUGGAUGUAGCUGGGUUGAAAUUGACAAGAGAAUACAAACCUUCUUCGUGGAGGAUAAAUCUUUCCCAUUCGCAGAGAUGGUAUAUGAGUGCCUGUCCAUAAUAAGCAGUCACAUGGAGAAGGAUGAAUUGCUUUAUGAUUGAACUGACAUGGGCUCUUCAUUCUGAAGCAGCUGUUCGCCUAAAAUCAUCUACACUGUCCUGACAAUGUGUGUCUCCCAUUAUGAAUUAUAUGUCUUUGAACUCUGGUGACUAAAGAAGUGCUUUCAGGAAAGGGCGGUGAGAUCCUAGGACAAGGAAAAGGCAUGAAGUGAUCAGACAUAAAUGGUAUAUCUAGAAAGAAAUAAGCAGUGCGCAUUGAGUACCAUUAAUAUGUGUAGUUAUACAACAAAUUUUAUGACAAACAGAGGGAGAAUGGUGAAAGAUUCUCCAUAGAAAAAAGGUAACUUCAAAAUGAGUACUGAACAUGAGAAGUUGAUCAAAUUACAGCCAUUUAUCACAUUUUGGAGUGGGAAAGAGUCGGAGAACUUGGCAACUGGUUCUAUGGGCUAGAACUGAAAUGGAAAAUCAGAAGAUGUGAAUUAUUGUUAACUUUUUUCACCAUUUACAAAGUGCAUAGUAAAGUGGGCAAUUGCUUCCUGCAGUGGCUGAGCAAGUAACUGGCGUUUUGUGAGUUUAAGAGUUUGUCUAGUAAUAGGACUCAAAGCUUGGUAGUUCAGGUCAGAAACAGCAGAAAAUUAAGGCAAAACAAAAGCUCAAGGUGGCUGUGGAGGAGAAUGAGAAGUUGAUGAAGAUUAUUCUCUGAGGAUUUGUCCAGAACUAACAAAAUUCAGAUAGAUUUGCUCCAAAACAAGUGCUGCUUUCCUGCUUCAGCAGAUUCGUAGAUUUGUCCUGUUUUUACUCGUCACUGCAACGGACUGCUGGUGUCUUUGCUUGCAUUGCCUGCCCUAAUGCUGGAUAACUCAGGACAUCUCAAAAGCUGAUGUUGUAUUUAAGACUUGCAGUCAAUUUUCAUACUGCCCUUGCCAAUAACUUCUUGUUUAAUACUUCCUACUGGUUUUCUUUGCAGAUAGUUGGGCCAUUCUUGAACUUACUGUCUGUGGAACUGGAAUGCGAUGACUACUGCAAGCAUGAAGCAUGAAAAUAAAUGGAAACUGCCAUAAAAAAUCCUUCUACUGCAGAAUUAAGUAUGCAGAAGAUUUCAGGUGAGGAAUCUCACUGAUUCAUUUUCCAGUUCAUCUUAUGAAGUGAUUGUUGAUAAACCACAGUUUGAGUUUGGAAUAUUUGUACAAGCCUGGUGUUCAGCAAUGAUUCAUUCAAAAGCAAUCCUUAUCCGAAUUAAACUUUAGUGCGGGUAUCCGAUAUCCAUGUGAAUGCAUGUUUAGGCAAAGAAAAUGGACUACUGCACUUGUUUGCCAUGACAAGGGAGACGCGCUCUAACUUCUGAUCAAAGUUACA